AUGUACUAUCCACUCUCCUUCGUGGCCCUGUCGGCCUUUGUUGCGCUGUCGACAGCCUCGCCCAACGGCUGGUCCUCAGUCAAGUCGGCGCCUGAUGGACCAAACAAGCUCGAGGAGUGCGGGUGCUGGCCCAUCUACCAGACGAUGCUCACCUGCCAAAAGCUCAAGGGGCCGAACAGUGGCGUCCGAGACUGCGCGUGCAUCCCCAACCCGGACGGGUGGUACACCUCGAUGAACGGCUGCCGGGCAUGCCUGUCGCCGGGCUCACUGGACAAUGACGACUUCUUCGACAACCUCUCCCGCACCAUCAGCCAACUCUUUGUCUCCUGCACCGAGGCGGGGGGUGGCAUCAACAGCGACGGCGAAAGCAUCUGCGCGAGCAACUACUAUUUUGAGGCAUGCGCGUCGCUCAAGGGCGAUGGGCAACCGAGUUGGGCGAGCUACGAAGUCUUCGCCGAAGGGGAAAAGGGGAAUGGAACCUACGUGUUGGAUAUCGCCGACUCCCAAGAGAAUUCAUCGGCGACGGGUGCCACAGCGUCGAAGACCACGGUGUCAAGGACUGUGACGGCAUCAGGCGCCACUGCCACUACAGAGAACUCGGCAGCCAUCACUUCUGAGACAUCCGUCAUUGCUACGACUGGGACUGAGACAACUUCUGCGACAUCGACGGCGACAACCACGUCAUCAGCAAUGGGCAAUGCAGCGUCCGUGGGUGUGACGAGUGAGGGAAACCCAGGAUAUAUCUUUGGUUCCAAAUCCGCAAAGGAACUCGCAAAGAUCCAAUCGGAGUGCCUCAGGGUGGUCGCUGGGGCCUACAAGGCUACCCCAAUACGGAGCUUGGAGACAGGAACCUAUUGCCCACCCAUCGACCUGUACCUCAACGGGAGGCUCCUUGCCUUCGAGGAUCGGGUUAGGAUAUCAGAGGAGGCGAGGCUAAUCCGCCAGACCCCUGCCACAAUCGCUGCGAUCCUGCGGCGGAGGCGCAGAAGAGGGAGAGGAAGACCUCGGCGGGAGAUAGACAAUAUAGCAACGGCACCAGCGGAAAAGGGCUCAGGAGAAUGGAAGAAGAGGUGGGCACAGGAGUGGGCCCCCCUCGAGUCGAGGCCGGAAAAGGAGGAGCUAGAGCCAGGGUCAACCGGCCCAGUACCAAACCACAAGAAACAGCUCGAGAGGUGGAUGGAGGAGGCAAUGAGAAGGGAGUGGAUUGGAAGAUGGGAGAGUGAGGUAGCUAGGGUGGUCGCUAGGAACCCGGGGCGGGCCCUCGAACCGGCCGAUGCGACCGCGCGGUUCGACGCCUCUAUCAUGAACCGACACCGGUCGAGGGACCCAGCCUGGGAGCUAUCGAAGGCGAAGAGUACUCUCCUAGUGCAAGCGAGGACCGGGAAGAUUGGGCUUCGAGGGUUCCUCUUUACUAGGAGGGUCCCCGAGGUAGUAACGCCGGUAUGCCGCUGCGGUAUGGCGCGCGAGACAUUCGAACACCUCGUACUCGAAUGCAACGGAGCCGCAGAUAAACCUCAUCCCUGGCCAGACGACGGCGCAGAGCUACUGGAGUGGCUAGAUGACGUGGAGAAGGCUGCCAUAGUGGUGGGGUGGGUGCUUGGGCUGGGGAGGCUGAACGAGUUCCGGCUGGCGGUAGAGCUGGAAAAUGAGAACAACGAAGAGGCCCGCGGCGGGGCCGAAGCGGAGUAG